CGAACUAUCAACUGACACCUGUCCAUUUCCCCUUGAUCCGAAAAACCCUCGCCUUCAUAACCCUCUCCUUUUUCCUUCUCCUCAUUCUUCCGCCACCCCUGUCUCUUUCUCCCCCUCUCUCUCAAUUUGCUCAAACAUCAAAAGCUUCCUCAAAAUAAUCAAUGAUCUUGAAUUCUGGUGAGGAAAUGUUGGAUCUUUUAUAUGGUGAUUCACUUUCCCUCUCAAAUCUGCUUGCAUAAAUAUAGGCUAAAACGUAAAGGGUAUAUUGGUAGUGUAUGUAUAUAACUAAUAGUAACUUUUCAUACGUAUAGUUUUUCACUGAUUUGAGCUCGACCCAUUUGAGAACUCAUGAAAUAAGUAUCUGGGUUGGUUUUAGUUUUGUGUAUUAGUAACUUCUACAUAGUUCUUUGUUUUUUGAGGUUUCCCUUUGUCCUUUUGUUUCUUGUAUAUGUUCGGUGCUCUUUUAGAUAAUAUAUUUGUUGUAAGCUCCAGCUAAGUAAGGGAUUGAGCUGAGCGAAAAUUAUUACAUCUUAGCGCAUCCGUUUUCUUGUUGGUUAGUGGAUAACAAUUUGGAGGAAUUUGGUGAAGUAUUGUAAAAGUGGCGAAAAUGAGUUUGAGUGCGGCGGAGGAUGAUUCAACGACGGAAAUUCAUCUUCCUGCCGACAUAAAUUGGGAAAUGCUCGACAAAUCUAAGUUUUUCUUCCUCGGAGCAGCGCUAUUUUCGGGUGUCUCUGCAGCACUUUACCCGAUUGUGGUGUUAAAGACACGGCAGCAGGUGAUAACUACCCAAAUUCCUUGUCUAAAAAUGGCAGUUUCCAUUUUGAGGAAUGAAGGAUUCAGGGGUUUUUACAGAGGAUUUGGUACUUCCCUUACUGGGACAAUCCCUGCACGUGCCCUGUACAUGGGGGCACUUGAAAUGACCAAAAGUAAUGUAGGAACUGCCACUGUUCAGCUGGGAUUUUCCGAGGCGUCGGCCUCCACUAUUGCUAAUGCCUCUGCAGGGCUAAGUGCUGCUAUGGCUGCUCAAUUGGUUUGGACGCCAAUUGAUGUUGUGAGUCAGAGAUUAAUGGUACAAGGAAAUGGGAAUACUUCUUGUUGUAGUGCUGUUAGAUUGAAGAAUUACAAUGGUGGAAUCGACGCGUUUAGGAAGAUAAUUUAUAGUGAUGGAUUGAGAGGAUUGUAUAGGGGAUUUGGUAUUUCAAUACUGACUUAUGCACCUUCAAAUGCAGUUUGGUGGGGAUCUUACUCUGUUGCACACAGAGUGAUUUGGGGUUGUAUUGGGUGCUAUUGUUGCAAGAAAGAUGAGAAUGGUUAUAGGCCAGAUGGGAAAUCAGUGGUGGCUGUUCAAGGGCUAAGUGCUGCAAUGGCUAGUGGGGUGUCUGCAUUAGUUACAAUGCCACUUGACACUGUUAAGACAAGAUUACAAGUCCUAGAUGGAGAAGGGAAUGGUCAGAAAUCACCAACAAUUUUACAGACUGUGAGGAAUUUGGUUAAGGAAGGUGGAUUUGCAGCAUGUUACAGAGGAUUAGGACCAAGGUGGGCAUCAAUGUCUAUGUCUGCAACAACUAUGAUCACUACCUAUGAGUUUCUCAAGCGGCUAUCUACCAAGAAUCAAGAGAGCUUUGCUUGAUGGAUAAUGUUUCCAUUGGGGCAAAAAUGGCGGUAUGGUGCACUAAGCUCCCGCUGUGCGCGGGGUUCGGAGAAGGGCCGGACGACAAGGUAUUAUAGUACGCAGCCUUAACCUACAUUUCUGUGCAGGUGGUGUUCUGUGUUUUUAACCCCUUUUGCUGUUUUCUUGUUCUUAUCUUUUGAUGCUGCCAUUGGGUGGCCUGCCUAAUUGCAUACCAACUAUGUAAAUUUUUGUAAAAAAUGUAGCAAUAUUUGGGUUCAUCUUUUAUCUUUCAUGUUGUCUCAUGUCCCACUCUUAUCCUAUCAUUAUAUUUCAAAAAUGAUAAGUUUCUGGCUAUGUUUGAAGC